CUAUUACUCUGACAAGUAAAUGUUGGGAAGAGCUCUGCUUAGUCUUGUGUUUUUCCCAUCUAAAGAAUCGUUAAUAUGCUUUCUGAAAGUGUGGGUGGAAUUUGGUUUGAGUAAUUUGCUUCAUCAGAAAGCCAGUCUUGCAGUGGUGCCUGUGGGAGACCUUGGACUGAUUCAGAUCUUGUUGCUUCCUAGCUUUUUCUUCAUCCACCCACUUUACUGUUUGGCGUUUUUUGAGUUAAUGAUUGAGGUCUUGCUUGCCGUGUUCAAACAAUUGAUGUUUUCUGUAGCUGGAGUUAUUUUCCCAGUAACUUGUCAAUCAAUAGUGAUUUCGACAUGAGACAACAUCACUACGUCUUUUUAUCGUGGAAAGCUCUCGAUAUGAAUUGAAAGUUGCAGAAAAAUGGGGUUAUUUGAAUAAUCAAAAGGUAGAUUAAUU